AUGGCGUCCGAUCGCGUUGAAGAUUCCCGAAAAUUGGAGGACAAUGAACUCAUCUCCAAUGUGGAUGUUGGGUCGGAUACUGACCAGGCUUUGGACGAUGGCAGUAACGCCGUGAAGGAAACAACUUCUGAUGAUGCACCGAAACCUAGAUCGCCUCCAGAAAAUUUAUCCAAAGUCACUCAACCUCUCCCCGGACAUGUCUCAGGGAAUCAUAAGACUGAUCAACCUGCCGGUCGUCAAGAUACUCAUGAGGACAACACGGGCAACAAUGAGCAGGACAAUUCUGCAAAUGCAGAAGAACCCAAAGACGAGGAAGUUGAGAAGGCGACGACAGGGGAUAAAAUACAGUCCGUAGAGAAGGCCGUAGAGACCACUGAAAUUAAACUUAAAUCCAAGCAGUAUAGUUAA